UGGGGAAAGUGAGAGCUGGAUUUUCCUAGUCCUUCUACUGUAUCCUGAUUGCCACUACUCAGGUCACCCGUGGAAUAGUUCAUGCUCUUCUUGGAAUGCAAGGGCAGCACUUUAUCCUGCCUUUAAAUCCUUACCUUCUACAGGACGUGUCAAUAAGAAAUGAAAAGGAAGAAAUGUCUUCUAUAAAAAGAAGUCCAAAACAGGAAAUAAUUUCCGAAUUUCUCAGUUCAGCUGCUGAAGGAGAUAUUGCCAAGUUAACAGGAAUACUCAGUCAUUCUCCAUCUCUACUCAAUGAAACUUCUGAAAAUGGCUGGACUGCUUUAAUGUAUGCUGCAAGGAAUGGUCACCCAGAUGUUGUUCAAUUUCUGCUUGAGAAAGGGUGUGACAGAUCAACUGUCAAUAAAUCAAGACAAACUGCACUAGAUAUUGCUAUAUUUUGGGGUUAUAAACAUAUAGCCAACUUAUUAGCUAAUGCUAAAGGUGGGAAAAAGCCUUGGUUUCUAACCAAUGAAGCAGAAGAAUGUGAAAAUUAUUUUAGCAGAACACUACUGGACCGGAAAAGUGAAAAAAGAAAUAAUUCUGACUGGCUGCUAGCUAAAGAAAGCCAUCCUGCCACAGUUUAUAUCCUUUUCUCAGAUUUAAGUCCCUUGGUUACUCUAGGUGGCAAUAAAGAAAGUUUUCAACAGCCAGAAGUAAGACUUUGUCAGCUGAACCAUACAGAUAUAAAGGAUUACUUGACUCAGCCUGAGAAGAUCACCUUGAUUUUCCUUGGAGUAGAACUUGAAAUGAAAAAAAAGCUACGAAAUUAUGAUGGAGAAGUCCCAAAAGAAGAGGAAGAUGGAUUGAUUGCCUGGUUUGCUCUAGGUAUAGACCCUAUUGCUGCUGAAGAGUUUAAGCAAAGACAUGAAAAUUGUUAUUUUCUUCAUCCUCCAAUGCCAGCUCUCCUACAAUUGAAAGAAAAAGAAGCUGGGGUUGUAGCUCAAGCAAGGUCUGUCCUUGCCUGGCACAGUCGAUACAAGUUCUGCCCAACUUGUGGAAGUGCAACUAAAAUUGAAGAAGGUGGCUACAAGAGAGUAUGUUUAAAAGAAGACUGUCCUAGUCUUCAAGGCGUUCAUAAUACAUCAUAUCCAAGAGUUGAUCCAGUAGUAAUCAUGCAAGUUAUUCAUCCAGAUGGGACCAAAUGUCUUUUAGGCAGGCAGAAAAGAUUUCCCCCAGGCAUGUUUACUUGUCUUGCUGGAUUUAUUGAACCUGGGGAAACAAUAGAAGAUGCUGUUCGGAGAGAAGUAGAAGAGGAAAGUGGAGUCAAAGUUGGCCAUGUUCAGUAUGUCUCUUGUCAACCAUGGCCAAUGCCGUCUUCCUUAAUGAUUGGUUGUUUAGCUGUGGCAGUGUCUACAGAAAUUAAAGUUGACAAGAAUGAAAUAGAGGAUGCCCGCUGGUUCACUAGAGAACAGGUUGUGGAUGUUCUGACCAAAGGGAAGCAACAGGCAUUCUUUGUGCCACCAAGCCGAGCUAUUGCACAUCAACUAAUCAAACACUGGAUUGGAAUGAAUCCCAAUCUCUAAAUCAAAGAAAUAUUCUUUGUUUGAGUGUUAUUUAAUUUCUAAUGCCACUUACUCCUUAUGUGAGAUUAGAAAUACUCAAUGCUUUUUGGAAUGUAAUAACAUGAAAUGCCAUAUUGGGCUUUCAAAAUAUUUCAAAGUGUUCUUUCCAUAGUUAACCACAGAAAUCAUAUUUUUAUAAAUUACAACAUUGCCUCAGGAUUGUGUUACAUUUGGGUCAACCUUUGAAUUUUCGGGUAGUUUGCUUCACAAUUUUUUUCUCACAAAACCGUAUUUCUAAUAAGAAAAAUUAUGUUAUAUAGAAAUGUGAGUAAGCCUGAAUUAUAGUGCCUCUUAUAAGCAUUAGAUUGCUCAUUAAAAUUCCUUAUUUGAAAACUGAAACAAAAUAAUCUUAGUGAAUUUUGAGCCUGAAUUGAUUUUUCAGUCUUUUCAUUAUUGUAAAGGUCCUUUAAGUUACCAGUAUCUGAUUUUCCCUCAUUUUCUCAUUGCAGUUCCACUUAUUCUUUCCUUCUGGUUCUCUUGUUCUAGCAGUGGUGCUAUUAUAGUGUUGCUCCUAGUCUAAUUUGACCAGUGUUAAGAAUUUUUUGAUAAAUAACUCUACAGGUGAUCUUAGGAUACCAUACUUAAUGGAAGGAGAGCUAACAAGAGAACAUACCAUUGUCUAGGACCCUUCCUUAAACCUAAAGUUAAAAUACACCUGUUUAUAUAUUAUUUAUACCCAAAGUUGUUCUUAAUCAAAAUUCUUUGCUUUUUCACUGAAAUUAAACAUAUUUAAAAAGAAUUGUCCUCAAAGGUAAGAUAUUUAAUAAAUUCCAGGUAUAGUUACAUAUUCAGUUAAAAACACUGACUUUAUUUCAUUUCAUAAUGAGGGCUGUAUCUGUGUUAACCAAAAAAUUAUAUAAUCAUUACCAACAAUGUUUAUAAUGCUCAAAUACAACUUCUUGGUUUUGACAUUAUUUCAACAUAUUCUAAGGAGACUUGAUAAAGUAAGUAUAUUUUAGAACUGAGUAAGAAAGUAAAUUGUGGUUGACAGUUUUGCAAAAUAGAAAUUCAUAUUUUACAAGGCUAUUUUGAAAUCAUUUUAAGAGGUACAUUUUUAUAAAUGUACAAAUUUAUAUAAUUUGGCUCUUUACUAUUGUAUUUUAGAAUUGGAAGAGAUCUUAGAGGUAAUAUAUGUAUUUCAUUGCCCUUAUUUUAUAGAUAAAUAAAAGGAUAUCAUGAAAGUUAAGUUUAAUUAAUUGAUAAAAGUUACAUAAAUAAUUAUAACCCACUGUACUGUAUAACCCAGGGCAAGAUUCUCCCUGUAAUAGGAAAUAGAAGCUAUUACCAAAAAUGUAUGUAGAAUAAAUUAAAAGAAGGGAUGAUAAGAAUAAAUUUUCCUUACCAAAUAUUAAAACUUUACAUACAGUACUAAAAUGUAUUUAACUUAAAUAAGAUAACUUUCUCAAAGCUUUAUUUUGCUAAUGAAUAAUUUUUUAGCUAAUUGAUAUCAUAAGCCAAAUUAAGACUUACAUAGGACAUUUAUGUAUAUAAUAAUGUUGCAGUUACAAAACUAUGUAAAAUGAUGUGCCUUGGUUAUUAUGACAUAAUGACUUGAGGUUCAGUUUUACUCUAAUGAACUUUUAAUACUUGCACAUUCUAACAUUACAUUGUAAAACCAAGGAUUUCCUCCUAAUGUUAGUAUAAGAAGGUAAAAUAUAAAGUGUUGACAAAUGUGGUUAUAAAUUUAGUAUCUGAUAUUUAAUCCUGCACUUGGAGAAAACCAAUAUGUAAGUAAAUUAUUAUUUUAAUAAUUAUUCCUAAAUUGCUAACCUCUGAGAGGUAAAAAACUACAUGUAAAUAGAAAGAAUAGCCAAUUAAAAAUGGUAUGGUGUAAGUUCCAUAAAUAUAUUCUAAUGGAAAUGAAUGUAACAGUACAUUAAAAUAUUUAUUUUCUGUUUUGA